UUACAAGAAUCAGGCCAAGGAAUCGUGAAACCUUCACAGCAAAUAAAAAUAACCUGCACAGUGUCUAGGUUUGAGUUGUCCAGAUGGGGUGUACACUGGGUUAGACAACUGCCUGAAUCAAAAUUGGAAUGGAUUGGGGUUAUAUGGGGUGGUGGUAGCACUAACUAUGCUGAUUCACUAAAAAACAGACUCUCGAUCACCAAAGACAAUGCAAAGAAAGAAGUCUACCUGCAAAUCAACGCAGCAGAAAAUAAAGAUUCUGGAACAUAUUACUGUGCAGGAGACACGGCAACAGAAAGUAACUGA